AGUGUGCGUGAUUUGUUUGUGGAAGCGCUAGCAGUCCGGAUUGGUUCCCCCCACAUCCGCUUCGGGAUAGCGUUGCGUGCCGUCGGCGUCUGGCUCUCGCACCGAGGCUGCAAAAGAUAGUGCACACGGGGACGACGAAGAGGAAGAUGGAAGGAUAUAUUUAAGAGGUAAAAGCGAACGGUGAUGGAUCUCCGAAUCCUUUGCUACAAGGGCCGAGGCUCUUUCCUCCUCGGUUCCUCUCCAAAUCGGAAUCGACUCCUUCCGAGACCAGCAAAUGGUGACCACCACCACUCCAGCAGGAAAAGCCCCAAGAAGAUCACAUCCUCCUCCUCGCCCGUGCCAAGUCACCGCGUCACCGUCCACGACCGCCAGCGCGGAGUCGUCCACCACUUCGUGGUCCCCGAGGAUCAGUACAUUCUCCACACCGCGGAAGCCCAGAACAUCUCCCUCCCCUUUGCCUGCCGCCACGGUUGCUGUACAAGCUGUGCAGUUCGGAUAAAAUCUGGUCAAAUUAAACAACCUGAGGCUCUUGGAAUAUCUGCAGAACUGAAAUCUAAGGGUUAUGCAUUACUUUGUGUGGGCUUCCCAUCUUCUGAUAUUGAAGUUGAAACUCAGGAUGAGGAUGAGGUUUACUGGCUUCAAUUUGGACGAUAUUUUGCACGGGGACCUAUUGAAAAGGAUGACUAUGCACUGGAGCUGGCCAUGGGCGAUGAAUGAUUCAAAGCAGAGUCUAGCCUUUAUCCAAAGGCAAGCAGUUUUACCCUCCUCCACCAAGCCAUUUCAUUCUUUCCCUUCCUACAUUACUGGUCAACAGCUGUAUUUAGUUUUAGUAUUCUUGGGGACUUUUCUCAUCUUUGUUGGUUAUGUGCUUUAUUCUGUAGUCAAUCACUCAAUAGGAAAGUGAAAUCAAAACAAAAUGUUCGAAGAUUGCAUUUUCACAAGACAUUGAAGUUCACAUGAUGUGGCUUCCUAUGGAGCAAAAUUCUACUAUUUUAAAACAGCCACCAAGAUACCCUGGAACAUUAGACUUAUAACUUGCAAUGUGAAGGGUCGCUUGAUGUUGCAUAAUGGAAAAAUCACUGAAACAUAAAUAAUGGAGUUAGUUGUACUAUAAAAGUGAGAAGCUAGUGUUUUUAUUAGAUGAAUGGAACUUUAGUAGGAUGAGAAAAGGGUUGCCCAAGAUAUACCUCUAUGUGAUCGUAUGUUUUAUUUUUAUCUAUGGUACAAAGAAAAAGUUCAUGUAUUUAGCAAUGUCUAUUAUAGAUAUUAGGUACCUGGGAGGGGCUUUUAGGUUUUGGGAGUCG